CUGCCCUCCUGUCUCCGAGCAGCCCCCAGCAUGGGCAAAGAGAAGACCCACAUCAACAUCGUGGUCAUCGGCCACGUGGACUCGGGCAAGUCCACCACGACUGGGCAUCUCAUCUACAAAUGCGGGGGCAUCGACAAGAGGACCAUCGACAGGUUUGAGAAGGAGGCCUCCGAGAUGGGCAAAGGCUCCUUCAAGUACGCCUGGGUGCUGGACAAGCUGAAGGCAGAGCGGGAGCGUGGCAUCACCAUUGACAUCUCCCUGUGGAAGUUUGAGACCAAGAAAUACUACAUCACCAUCAUCGAUGCCCCGGGUCACCGUGACUUCAUCAAGAACAUGAUCACAGGCACCUCGCAGGCAGACUGCGCUGUGCUGAUUGUGGCAAGUGGUGUAGGCGAGUUUGAGACGGGCAUCUCCAAGAAUGGGCAGACUCGUGAGCAUGUCCUGCUGGCCUAUACGCUGGGCGUGAAGCAGCUCAUUGUGGCAGUCAACAAGAUGGACAUCACAGAGCCUCCUUACAGCAAUGCGCGCUUUGAGGAGAUCAGCAAGGAGGUGAAGGCCUAUAUCAAGAAGAUCGGUUACAACUCUGAGGCUGUCGCCUUCGUGCCCAUAUCAGGCUGGCAUGGAGACAAUAUGAUAGAACCCAGCACCAAGAUGCCCUGGUUCAAAGGCUGGAAGAUCACCAGGAAGGAAGGGACCAUGGCAGGCAUGACGCUGCUGGAAGCACUGGACUCCAUCGUGCCCCCUGCCCGCCCUAUGGACAAGCCCCUGCGGCUGCCCCUGCAGGAUGUGUACAAGAUUGGGGGUAUUGGCACUGUGCCUGUGGGCCGGGUGGAAACUGGCUUCCUCAAACCGGGUAUGGUGGUGACCUUUGCCCCCUGCAACAUCACCACGGAGGUCAAGUCUGUGGAGAUGCACCACGAGGCCCUGGCCGAGGCCCUGCCUGGUGAUAACGUGGGCUUCAACGUGAAGAACGUGUCCGUGAAGGACAUCAGGCGGGGCAACGUGGCAGGGGACAGCAAGAAUGACCCGCCCUUAGAGGCGGGGAGCUUCAUCUCGCAGGUGAUCAUUCUCAACCAUCCCGGCAGCAUUGCAGCUGGCUACUCGCCAGUCCUGGACUGCCACACAGCCCACAUCGCCUGCAAGUUUGCAGAGCUGAGAGAGAAGAUCGACCGGCGCUCGGGCAAGAAGCUGGAAGACAACCCCAAAGCCCUGAAGUCUGGGGACUCAGCUAUCGUCCAGAUGAUCCCGGGCAAGCCCAUGUGCGUGGAGAGCUUCUCCGAGUUCCCACCGCUUGGUCGCUUCGCUGUGCGUGACAUGAGGCAGACGGUGGCUGUCGGGGUCAUCAAGGCUGUGGAGAAAAAAGCAGCGUCUGGUGGCAGAGUCACCAAGUCAGCCGUGAAGGCGGCCAGGAAGUGAGUGGUGACAGCUCCU